AUGGAGAGUCAUCAUCAGCUACAACAUCAAGAUCGACCAACACUCGCACAACAAAGAUCAGAACAACAUGCCAAUGUCACGAGAAUGCACCCACCACCUUUGAAGAAGUUUCGAGGAGGGCACUCGUUAGCGGGAAGUAUCCAUGUGAGGGCAACGAACUAUAGAAGAAUGGCUGAAGAGUGUUGGACGGCACCAGUCUCAGAUGAUGAAGUGACGCCUGAAGUCAAGGUUCAAUAUGAUGCCAUCAAGGACACCAUCCUGUCCAUCCCAUGGACUUCUGGAAUUGUAGCUAUUCGCAGAUACUUUCAAGAAUUAGUUUCUUGCAUACAAAUGAAAGCAGCAAUUCAUCCUACCUUGGCUCGUGUGGUGGCCCGGGAUAUGCAUCACAGCUCGAUGCUUACAUUAUUGUGCAACAAGGCCCACACACCACUGGCACAUUCAACCAUGAAAUUCCUCAUUGAACGCAAUCCUUCUGCUCUGCUGUGGAAGAGGGACGACUGGGAGACGAUGGGUAUAGAAUAUUCCAUGCCUAUCUAUACAAUUGCGAAUCAUCAUGCGCACCAUGUGCUUUUGCCAUGGAUCGCCGAACAUUUUCCCUGGGUACUGGAGCAUCCUGCUUGUCAAGCAAGACCUCCUACCUUUGACUUUAUUGGGCAGUGCGUCAAUGGAAUUGCUUUGAAUUCACCCAUAGUACGCCAGUUCUUUGAGAAGUAUCCACAGGCCUUGUUCCAUGUGGACCCUUCCCAAAAGUCCACACCACUUCACCAUUUUCUGUUUGGCUUUACUGAAUGCAGACUCGAUCUCUUUCAAUGGCUUGCAACCAAGUGUCCUAGUGCUCUGGUACAACAGAAUGCUUUGGGAUGGACUCCCUUGCAUGCUGCGUGUUCGGCUAUGACAGAAUCUCCAUCGAAUAACAUGAAGGAAAUUUGCAAGUUUAUCAUUCAACGAGCUCCACAGAGUGUACACAUGAUGGCAUUCGACGGGACACUACCAAUACACAUCCUCAAGCAUCGUCACAACAAGCCUAAUAUGCGAGAAAUAAUGGUUAUCAUUCUACGGACUUAUCCUGAAUCUCAUAUCAUGACCACCAAAGACCCAUCUUCGUAUCCAGCACCAAGUUCACAUGAAUUUGUGAAGAAAGUCAUGCCGCUAAUACUGGAAGAGCAGGAACUAGAAGGAACAAUAACGCAACUUCGAAAAAUGCCAGCUAAUCUAACGUUAGCUUUUGCGCAGCAGCAAUGUAAUAGUGACCAAGAAGACAUUUCCUUGGCUUGUAAAAUAUUUGCCACCUGGUCCAAAUCCAAGCUGACUUCAUCGGAGGGCCGAAUGAAGGCAAUUGCAAUGGAACUAGAGAUGAUUUGCAAAGAAGAGGAGCAACAACAACGAAAACAACAACAACAAGCAAAGGACCUAACCUUCCAGGCUAGUUUCUCAUCUCCGGGAGCUACGGAUACAGAACAUGAAUCUACAACAGAUGAUGAGGAAGAUUUGGACUACAGUUCCGAUGACAGCUAG